AGGGCGCAUCACAUAGCCUCCCCACUCCACCAUUGACUUCUCCUUCCAAUCAAUCUCUCUGAUCACCAUUGACCACCCGAAACUCCUCCUCAGCGAAUCUAUCAAACGACUGCAUACCUUCGAAAGCCCUCCCCUCACAAAAUCCACAUAUACCCCCUAACACAGACAACACAAUGCCCCCCACGCAAACCACCACCGCCGACACCACAGACGCCGACCCAAUCAUCGCCUCCUACAACGUCUACCUCACCGACUCAGAAAUCUCCCGCUACGUCUUGCAAUAUCUCGACCGACCGACAGGGUACAGCUACGACGACCGCCACGGCCAGAAACCCACCGCCUUCCGGUUGAAGCCGCAGACGGGACUCGUCGAGGUCGACGUGCCGAUCAACACGCGCGUCAACUACGAUGUCAGCAAGGGAUUGCGGUACGGUGACGCGAUGAAGAAAUCGCAGCGCGCGCGCGAGGGCGGCGCAUACGGUAUGGCGGGUGGGUUCAGUACCGGGGGUUCAGGCGGUGGUGCUUCCGGUAAAGUCAAGGUUGAAGGUGGCGGGCCGCCUAUGGACUUUGAUGGGGGCAAGGGUGAGACGGCGCAGUUGUUGCGCGUGCAGACUUUGGGUGGGAGGAUUAAGGGGCCUGAGGGCGGGGAUCCGGUUUAUAUGUUGGGGGCUUUUAGGGGGGAGAAUCUACACCUUUCGCCCGUUACGGCGGUUGUGCAGUUGCAUCCGCAGUUGCAUCAUAUGGAUGCCAUGGAUGAGAUCCCUGCUAAGGGGAAGGGGAAGGCGCGGAAGGAAGGGGAGGAGGAUCGCGCGGGCGAGAGUGAGGCGCGGGCUAUUGAUGUCAAGAUUAAGGCGGCGGAGGAUGGUGAGGCGGCUAUGGUUGCGGGCAACCUUGAGCUGCUGAAGCAGAUGCAGGAUGAGAAGUGGAAGGAUUAUGAGUGGGUGGAUGCUGAGACGGAGGAAUCGUGGCAAUUGUAUGAGAACUAUAUGAUGCAUCAGGAUGUCGAGACCCUGCCCCAGCUGCAGUCCGCUAUUGAGACCGAGGAGUAUCUGGACCAGAUGAGCGCCCCGCGGAUUGACCCUGCGCGGCCCGAGCUGACGGGCUGGGCUAUGAAACAGAAUCGGAAGAAGCAGCGGGAGGAGGCGGCGCCGUCGUCGGUUGAAGAGACUAUGGAGCAGGCGUAGAUUUUGGAGUUCUGGGCGGGUGUGUACUUUUAAGAGGGACAAUGAUUGGCAUGAUUACUGGAAGUAUGGUGUAAAGAUAGAUACGGGAGCUGCUUUUGAGGUCAUAGGGCAUUGCGUCGUAUGGGGAAGCACAAUUGAGUUAAAUUUAUGUAUGUCAAUUGAGGCUUCUGG